GUGACCCAUCAUCAGUAUCAUACCUCAGCCAAGCAUCCAGUGCACAGCAUCGCAGCAUCAGCACCACAGCGUUCCACAGUGCAGGAUAACAGUUUGCAAGGAGCAGUUUUUUUAUAAUUCACCAGUGAAACUUAAACCCUACAGAAUAUAAUCAUGAAAUUCGUCGUACUGCUCGUUGCCGCACUGGUUGCCGCUACCUCGGCCCAGAUUCGUCCGCUGCCCAUCCCGCUGCGGAAUCCGGGUGUGUACGGUGGUCCCGAGGCGAGCGCUGUUAUCCUGAACCAGGUGUACGAACCGAACCCGGACGGCUCGUACGUCUACAGCUACGAGACGAGCAACGGCAUCCGGGCCGAUCAGCGCGGCUUCCUGAAGAACCCGGGCACGCCCGGCGAGGCACAGGUGAUGCAGGGCUCGUACUCCUACACCGGACCGGACGGUGUCGUCUACACCAUCAACUACAUUGCCGACGAGAACGGAUACCGUGCCGAGGGUGCGCACAUCCCAUCCGCCCCACGGUACAACCCGCGCUAUCCCGGCCAGUACCAAUAGACGCUCCCAGUAAGGACCCAGUUGAGGGGACCGGAGGGUGACAAAGCGCGCAAGAUCUGCGGGGUCUGUGAUAUUUAUUAGCUAAAAGAUCGAGCUGCUAAAGAUCACUCGUACCCUUCGGUUAAAACGCCGUAAUGAUAUGAUUGCCCAUCCUGUCGCCCAACCUACGAGGACCUGCGUCCUCCCAUCUACCCAUUUCCAUACUGAUCGGUCACCCUUCCACCUCACCCGAGCUCCAUCCAAUAGCCAUUAGCCAGCCAGACCCAGCAGCAGCAGCAGCAACCCGUGAUUUGUAGUACAAUGCUUCUGCUCCGCACGGCUACCACCUUUAAGUCCAACCAUGACACUUCGACACCGCGGUAAAGCAUCCGCCGUGCCGUGUGCGGAUAGUACACGGUGCGACAUCCAAGACAUUUAGCCCUGCGUGGACGGACGGACCAUGAUCGCCUAAUGAUGGUCGGUUCGGACUGUACAAGCACUUUUGUAAAAUAACUUUAUGCCCAUCCCGCUUGACCAGCCGCCUCUGGCUGGGCCAGUAUACUCUCUUGUUUAUGUAUCCAUUCGUUUGCUCACGUUGCAGUUGAAUAUUGUAUUACGUACCGAUUUUAAUAAAUCACGCAACAGCCUUCACAAAACAGGCCACACCGAAA